UUGGGUUUAGAAGUGGGUUUAGGCUGCAAGAAUUUGAUGGGCUCUGAUGAUGAGUUUCUGGGUUACCAAAGAAUGGGCCUGAACCCAUCUAAUCUUCUUCCCCCAUUUUAAUUUCCCACGAUUUCUUCAUCAAAUCUCUGUUUGCUGGCGGGGAUUUGGUGCUAGAGAGAGAGAGAGAAUGAACCAAAAUCAGCAACAGCAAGCGAGCGAUGGCAGACACGAUGAUGACGCUGCGCUCUCUGAUUUUCUCGCUUCCUUAAUGGACUACACUCCCACUAUACCAGACGAGUUGGUGGAGCAUUACUUAGCCAAGAGUGGAUUUCAAUGCCCCGAUGUUCGAUUAAUUAGGCUGGUGGCUGUUGCUACGCAAAAGUUUGUAUCUGAGGUUGCAAGUGAUGCUCUUCAGCAAUGCAAGGCAAGACAGGCAGCAGUUGUAAAGGACAAAAGGGAUAAGCAGCAAAAGGAUAAGCGCCUAAUAUUGACAAUGGAGGACCUCUCAAGAUCACUUCGUGAGGGUAUAAACAAAGGCACGACUGCCUUGUUCUGCCGUGGGCAGCCAUACUUGGUGAUUCUGACCACCCCCUGAUAUGUUUUAGCCAUACGUAUGGCGUGAAUGUGAAGCACCAAGACUAUUUUGCUGAUAGCCCUUCAACUGGGGUGGAUCCUGCUUCAAGAGAUGAAUGAACUUUGGAUUGAAUCUAUACAAGAGUGUUUCAAAUUCUUUUACAUUAUGUAGGGAUUGCACAAAUACUGCUAUGUAGGUGGGUGAUGUUCAUUCUAUCUUACAUGAAUAUUUAAUAGUUAUCAUAAUUAAUACUUUGUUUUUAAUCUUA